AUGUGGAUAUUAUUUGGCUUUAUUGGUGGUAUUGGUAUGGGUCUCGUCUAUUUGCCAAGUAUUGUCAUGGUUGGUUACUAUUUUGAAGACAAACGAGCUAUAGCUACAGGCAUUGUUACUGCAGGUACAGGCAUAGGUUCAAUUACAUUUGGACCAUUGUCAAGAUUCUUAUUCAAUCGCUACAAGUGGAAGUACGGCUUAAUAAUAAUGUCGGGUAUCGUUCUCUUAUGUGCGGUUUGUUCUGCCUUUAUGGCUCCUUUAAAGCCAAUACGAAAACGGCGUAUAUCACAAGUAAACGAAUUAAAUCCCGAUGAAAUUAAUUUUCCAGCUAAGACAACAUUACUUUCACUUAACGAGACGAAAGAUGUCGAUGCCUCUAAAUCAGAUCAAAAACUUGAUUCAAAUGUGGCAGAUGAAGAAAAAGAAGAAAUGUUACAAAAACGAGCACGACUUAAUUCAACCACUUCAGCUAAAUCAAGACAGAGUAUUAACGUUGACGAUGCUGUUCGCCCUCUAUAUAAGGAAGACAUACUCUAUCAAGGUGAUACACGAGAUUUACCUGAAUAUCAUCAAUAUCAACUGGAUAUACCUACUUAUAUUCAAGAAACAACUAAAAUACCUGAAACAAAAGAAAAAUCAGCAAUGAAAGCAUUUUGGGAUGUUUUCCUUUCAAUGACAAAUAUAAAUGUUUUAAAUGACAGAAAAAUGGUUAUUAUUUGUUUGGCCAAUGUCUGUUCAAUGAUCGGUUAUUAUACACCUUACCUGUUCAUUGUUAAAGUAGCGACACAAGAGAAAAAUAUUGGUCAAGUAGCUGCUGUUUCUUUGCUAUCCCUCAUUGGUUUUACUAAUACAGCUUCUCGAUUCGUAUCUGGUUGGAUAACAAAAAUUCCGCAUAUGAGUGCAUUACUUGUUAAUAAUAUUGGUUUAACUGUAGCUGGUGUAACAACACUACUCGUACCAUUUUGUCAAACAUAUGCACAUCUAAUAGUUUAUUGUAUUAUAUGGGGUGGCUUUAUUGCCUUUCAUGUUUCUUUAAGUCCUGUAAUUGUUUGUCAAAUAGUUGGUCUUGAACGCUAUAGCAGUGCUUUAGGUUUAACCUUGAUGUUCCGAGGAAUUACAUCAUUGUCUGCUCCCCCUAUUAUGGGUGCAAUUCGAGAUUUUACCGAUAGUUUCAAUAUUCCAUUCAUUAUUGGUGGUAUUAGUUUUAUAACUAGUGCAUUGAUGCACUUUGCUCUUAUGUGGAUUAUUCGUCGAGAAAAACUUAACUUAAAACAAAUGAAAGACAACAGUCCAUCAGCAUUAGAUGGGUGA